CAGAAAUUGAAUGAGCAGACAGCAGCAGCAGAUGUCAUGAGAUGACGAAGAACACAAGCAGCUUCCUUCUUUAACUGCAAUUUCCCAUUCCCAUUCCAUUUUCGUUUUCCCUUUUCCAUCUCAUCUGCAUCUCUGGUCAACCGUCGAGCCUUUCAAGCCCUAAAGCGGCGCAGAUCUCAUUUCCAAUUUCUUGAAAUUCACCAUUUCUACGCUUCCCCGCAUUCUGAUUCGGGUGAAAUGCGCGUGUGUAGGUAUCACGGCAUGCAGGCGAGUUGAGCCCAUUUAUUCAGUUAUCAGGAUUUGGGGAGAUUUCGAAUUCAUGCCCAUGCCCUAUUUCGUCCCUUCGCAAGCGUCGAAAAAGCGGAAGAAUUAGAAGUGGAUGCUUAUGGUGAAUGUGCCUUUUUGAUUGUGUCUAUUUGGGAAGUCGUUUGCUCAUAGAAUCGUUAUAGCAAGAAAAUCCGAAGAAGGAAAAAUGCCGCCAGCGAGCAAAGCUGAUCGGAAAGCUGCUGUGGAUGCAGCUGCGUGGUUGUUCAAUGUAGUCACUUCGGUUGGGAUCAUUAUUGUCAACAAAGCAUUAAUGGCUACUUACGGCUUCAGCUUUGCCACAACAUUGACUGGGUUACAUUUUGCUACGACGACCUUGAUGACGGGCGUUCUAAGGUGGUUGGGUUACAUCCAAGCUUCUCAUCUACCUCUGCCGGAGCUUUUAAAGUUUGUCUUAUUUGCAAACUUCUCGAUUGUUGGGAUGAAUGUCAGCUUAAUGUGGAAUUCAGUCGGUUUCUACCAGAUCGCAAAAUUGACUAUGAUUCCCGUAUCCUGCUUAUUGGAAGUUGUGUUCGACAAUAUCCGCUAUUCAAGAGACACUAAGCUCAGCAUCUUAGUUGUUCUCCUUGGUGUUGCAGUCUGCACAGUUUCUGAUGUGAGUGUUAAUUUCAAGGGCUUCGUUGCGGCAUUUAUCGCUGUCUGGAGUACGUCUCUGCAACAGUAUUAUGUUCAUUUUCUUCAAAGGAAAUAUUCCCUUACUUCCUUCAAUUUAUUGGGGCACACUGCACCGACCCAAGCUGUUACGCUGCUGUUGAUAGGCCCGUUUCUGGAUUAUUGGCUGACUGAAAAGAGAAUCGAUGGCUAUCAGUUUCAUUUGCCGUCAGUGGUGUUCAUUAUCCUCUCGUGCACGAUUGCCGUGGGAACAAAUCUGAGUCAGUUCAUCUGUAUAGGCAGAUUCACUGCAGUUUCAUUCCAAGUCCUCGGCCACAUGAAGACGAUCCUCGUCCUCAUCCUUGGAUUCCUAUUUUUCGGAAAAGAGGGUCUUAAUUUACAAGUAGUUCUCGGCAUGAUCGUGGCAGUAGUAGGAAUGAUCUGGUACGGCAAUGCCUCGUCGAAACCCGGUGGGAAAGAGCGGCGCAGCCACUCGCUCCCCAGAAACAAUCAACAAAGGCACGGAGGAUCUUCGGAAUCUUCCGACGCCGACGAAAAGGUGUAAGAGUAAGAUUAGAAUACUACAAUGAAACGGGACCGGACUGAACAGAACGGAACGAUAGGAGAUACUGAUAAGGUGAUUCUUUACUGAUCAAAGAUGAACUUCUUUCUUCCAUACCAGAUUGAUUAUUCAUAGAGGAGCUUGGAAAUUUUGUAAUUUUUAUAUAUUCUUGUGUUUUCUUCUUCCUCUCUUUUUUAUUUUUAUUUUAUUUUUUUCGAAAUUGUGUUGGUUAUGAAGGAUUUGUAGUUGGUAAAGGAGUUGAGAACUUGCCCUGGUGGUGAUGAUGGUGACUAGAUUUUGGGCGUUAUAUAUAUAUAUAUAUAUAUAAGUUAUUGUUGAUGGAUUAAAUUUUUUGUAUGGAAAGGGGACUUUGUUUUUAUA